ACGGCCUUCGCGGCAGUCGCCGCCGCCCCGCCGUCCUGGGGCGCCUGAGGGCACUGUUCCCGACUCUCGCGUCUGGUGGCCGAAGUGCAGCGGCUGCCGCGUCUCGGUCCCCCAAACCCCGGAAACAUCCGCCCUCUGGGAAACGAUGCUUAAGGUGCAAGGAAAACCACUCCCUGGAACAUCUGAGCUUUAAUUUAAGCCUACGUUACUGACGGCAAUCAAGGGGCAAACAUGCUUAACUCCCCAAGUGAACUGGAGUUUUCGAACCAUACAAGUUCGGAGGAAAUCUCACAGCAUGCUUCCCUGGAGCUGUCAUCCAGAGAAAAAAGCUCAUCAUGUUCAGCCGAAAAAACUGGCUACCCCGACUCCAUUUAUGUUAUGGCAGCCAACAUUUUUCAGGGUAUUCGAUUUGAAAAGUCACCAGAGAAGGUCUUAAUCAAGUAUGGGAAUGAACCCCUGCCGUCCUCGUCUGAGUCUGAGGAUGAAUCCUUCCAGCGUUUGUCCUACGAACUGGCUUUCAGUGCCCUGAAGUAUCAAGAUAUUUUGGAAAGUAUAUUAAUAGACAGCUAUAUCUUUCCAAGUACCACAAUACCAGAUCAUUUGAGCAGUCUUAUUAUUGUCAUGCUGUAUGAUUUCCAAGAUAGAAAAUUUCAAGCUCGUCUCCUUUCUGAUAAUGAAGACUCUAUAUCGGAAGUUCAAGAAGUAGAGACCCUUCUUAAUAGUUUUAAGACAAAAUUGGCUGCAUCAUUGGCAAGAUGUCGAAUCAAACAUGAUGCCCUUUCAAUUUACCACAUUUUACCAGAAACAGUUAGAAAACAGGAACUAAGGGCCUCCACUUUGCCACUUUAUGCUUGGAUAAAUACUUGUAAAGUCAGCCCUGAAGAAGUUUAUAGUAAUUUGAAGAAAAAAGGCUAUCAUAAAGUCAAAUCUGUAUUGCAUAUUGAUGAUAAAGUCUUUGCUGUGGACAAACAUUGCUAUGAUGUCUUAAUUUUCCCAUCUCAUCUUAAAAAUGAUCUUCUAAGUAUAGAUCUUUUCAAGGAUUAUAAACUUAUAUUUCAGGACAAAUCUCGAAGUCUUGCUGUCCAUUCGGUAAAGGCUUUAUUGAAUAUGGAUGAUGACAUCUUAAUGGUCAAUACAGGUUCUUGGUACACAGUUGCCCAUAUGUCAAUCUUAACAAAUAACAACACCUCAAAAAUAUUUGUUUGUGGAGUAGAAUCACAAGCUAAGGAUCCUGACCUGAAGAGCCUUUUCACAAAAAUGGGAUGUAAAAAUAUUGAAAUACUUCAUGAGCCAUUUAUUAAGAUUGAAUCCAAGGAUCAUAGGUUACAGAAAGUUAAAGUGAUUCUGCUUCUACCUCGUUGUUCAGGACUGGGUGUUAGUAAUCCAGUAGAAUUUAUUUUAAAUGAACAUGAAGAUACAGAUUUACUUAAAGAUUUCUCUCAAGGAGGAAUAUCAGAAGAUAAACUUCAUGUUCUUGCUCAGCAGCAAUAUGAACAGCUAACACAUGCUAUGAAAUUUACUAAAGCUCAAGCAGUUGUUUACUGCACAUGUUCGGUUUAUCCAGAAGAAAAUGAAGCUGUUGUUAAAAAAGCACUGGAAUUUCAAGACCCUGGGAACAAAGUACAACCUUACAGGCUUAGUCCUCCUGUACUUCCGCUGUGCUCCUUAAAGGAAAUACAUUUGUCUACUGAUAAAUUUUUCAGAAUGGAACCAUCUGAAAUUACCAAUGGUUGUUUUCUUUCUAUUCUAACAAGGGAGCGGGACCCAUCUGAGACAGUGUCUGUGAAAGAUGUUUUGGCCCGUGCUGCAGCAAAGGGGCUCCUGGAUGGGAUUGAUUUGGGUAAGUCAUCAAAACGCGAGAAGAAGAAGAAAAAAUCAAAAACAUCAUUGCCAAAAGCUUCCACUAAUGAUAAUAACUGCAUCCAAAUGAGAAUUGCUGAGUUCCUGAAUCGAGAAACUGAAGCAAAUGCUAAUCAAUCAGAGACAGCAACAACAAAAACACCUCUUCCACAGAAAAACACAGCUCAAGUUGGUGCUUCCUCACAGAUCAGAAAACCCACCAAACCUGCCACGAAUGCCUUAAUGCCGGCAUUUAUGAAGAACCCAUCUCCCUCCAGACCGUGUGAGCGGCAGACCAACUUCGUACGACCUCGACCAGAAGAUAAAAUGAUUGCCCUGAAACCCGUAGAGAUUGUUUUGCCUCCAGUAAUGAUGCCAUUUUCAAGUCCCCAAGAGAUGAAAUCAACUCAGCAUUGUUGCUAUCGUUGGGUUGCACCCAAGCCUCUCGUGCCCACCUGCAUUCCCAUACCUUCAGUAUCCCGAAGAGGGGAAAAGCCUAAAGAAAACUUACCUUCCUCCCUACUCAGGCAUCCUCGACCAUGGCUUUAACUGCCUUGUUUUUUGUUACAAGGAUUAAGAGCAGUUAACUUUUUGAAGUCUGACAUUUCUCUGAGGGCUAAACAUCCCUACACAAGAUACUCAUGGUCACUUAGUAUCUUCUAAAUGUGACAUUACCUUCAGAGAAUUAAGACAAGUGAGAAGCAGUAAUGUGUGAGAUUCAGCAAGGCAGAAUUUGGUAAUUUCAGUGGCUCAGUGCUGAGGCUGUUUUAGAAUGUCACUUGUACUCAGUAUCAGUUGUUAGAACUUGUCUUAUUCCUGUUAACUUUUAGUCUGAACUUAACACACCAGGGUUUUUAAAGAAAGCCGCCAACUAUUUUUUUUUCUGAAGAAAAACACUUGUUGCCUUACGACACGCUUCUUUUCAGACCUAAUUGGCAAGGCAAUUUAUUAGAAAGCAUAGGCAUGGAGAAGAUGCUGGCCGUCUCCCACUACAGAUUGCUCUUCAGCAUCUGGUCAGUUGUAGUUUAACAUUUUCAAUCACUAUCAAGGUUGAUUUAAAAAAAACAAAAACAACCAAAGUAUUCUUUAAACAGAACAUGACAGAAGGUUUUGUAAUAUAACUGAGGUUGAGUAUGAGUAGGAAGAACAGGGAGUUCUGAAGUGCCAGGUGUGUGUAGCUGAGAUGGCCGUUUACAGAGCGAAGACUGUUUUCUCACUGGAAGAGCUUCUAGGACCCUGAGUAGAGCUGAACAUAAUCAGCUCUCCCUUUUGACCAUUUAUGCCCAAUACUGUUGUAAAAAUGACUGAAAGCAAAUCUCCGUCUAAAUAUUAAUAAUUUUGAGGAAGAGGAAAAACUGUUGAAUACAACUGACACAUAUUGUUGAAGAAAGCCAUAAAAAUUCUGAUUUUAUGCAAAGAUUAGGUGAUACAGUAAAAUCAACAAGUCAUUUCAAGUUGGAAACAGUAAUCACUUUGGCAAAUCAUUUCUGAUGCACAGUCUAUUCAAAUAUAUUGUAGCAGUAUGUUAAUUAUAAAAAACUAUUAAAAGUCAAUUCAUCUUCAAUGUACUAUCAAUUGCCUACCAAGAAUUAGUAUGAUUAUCAUUUCUGGGUCUACUUUUUUCAUCAUGCCAACAGAAAUUGCCUGACAUUAAAUUAAGUUACAACUAUAAAUCUUACUAUUAAAAAAAAUGUUCAUAGACACAUAAGUUCAAAUUUUCAGAAUUCAGUUGUAUCAAUGUUGAGUGAAUUCCUAAAUGUUCACUUCAGAUGGCAUGAUUUUAGUAGAAUAUUACCUUUUUCAAAAUGAAUAUAUAGGUCUAUUUCAGCUCUAAAUGUCCUAUUCUUUCUUUUCUCACUUAAAGUGAGGAUUAAAAAAUGGUAUAUUUCAUUUUAAUAGUAAUAAAUUAUUUUUAGUGAUUUACAUUGUAGGUAAAAUGUGUCAGCGAAGAAAGGAAACAAGACUUUUUAUACUUGAAUGAGGCUUAUUAUUUUCACUUCCAAAAGUAUUCUUCAUGUGUUAAUUAUGACUUUUUAAAAAGGAACAUGUUUUAAGUGUUCAUCUUUACUAAUUUCAAAAAUUGAAAACUGUAUAUCUCUUUGCUCUAAAAAUUAUAGUACAUGUUUCAUUCUUUCUCCCACCCAAAUCUCUAUCUGGCUAGAAUGUUCCAUGCCUCUGGGAGUCUAGUGCAGCUUAAUUUAACAUUGUUCAGUAAAGACAUUUUAUAUCCCAGGAAUAUCUUACCCAUUUCUGGCCACUCUGUCCCUGCCCCAGGCUGAAGAAUUCCAUUGUCUAAAAGUAGCAGUUAGAGAUUUUUAAGUGUAUUUUCUGUGAUAAGUUAUAAAAAGAAAACUCGCUGUUAUGAAACAGUUCAGGGUAUUUUUCCAAUCUCUGUAGCAGCAUCUAAUUGCUGUCAUGUGACAACUUAUAGCCACUGGUUUUCAGUAUCUCAUAACAUGUGUCUUGGCACUGUUUUUCCCUUUAGACAUUUAUGGAAGUUUCCGAAUUAAACCAUUCCUUAAUUAAGCCUGCAGUUUUUUCCUUUGAGAAUAUUCUAAUAAGGACAUGAUCAAUUAUUUAAAUACUUUGGUAGCGUAAAAAGGGAAACAU